AUGGGUCAAAAUCUGUUGGCAUUUUUGGGGGGGUUCAUGUUCUUAAUCGUUGUCUAUGUUUUCACGAUCUUGAUUUACAAUACCUAUUUCCAUCCACUAGCAGGGUUUCCAGGACCAAAACUUUGGGCAUCCACAAGGUUCACCUAUGUUUUCUCAAUAUGGUCUGGCUACUUGGCGAGAGAUGUUCGCCAAAUACACGAGCAAUACGGAGACUUUGUUCGAAUCGCCCCGGAUGAGAUCUCUAUCGCAAGUCCGGAAGCAUGGCACGAUGUAUAUUCAAAUCAGACCAGCCGUGAGGCAUUGCCAAAGUCCAAACUCUGGCAUAGCCCGGCACCAGGAAGACCAAAGUCCAUUCUGAAUGCCUUAGAUCCUAAAGAUCAUCAAAGGUUCCGACGUUCAAUUGAACCGGGCCUUUCAGAGAAAGCUUUGCGGGAGCAGGAAGAUAUCAUGCAAACAUAUGUGUCAUCCAUGAUUGCUAAGCUGGAGAAAACCGUCUCUUCAAAAGGUGGUGCAGAUGUUGUCGAUAUUAGCAGCAACGCUGGGUGCUUCGUUGCGUUAUUACCCUGGCUUGAAUUGGCUAAUGAGCCUAGCCAUUCCAAAGAGUGUUAUGCAUUGAACCUUGAAAUGACAAGACCAGAUAUACUGUCAUACAUCAAAAUUGAUGACAAAGGCGUAAAUGGAUUGACACUCCCAGAGGUGCAAGCAACUUCCAGUAUCAUCAUCAUAGCGGGAAGUGAAACGACAGUCAGUAUUCUGAGCGGAAUCACCAACUAUCUGGUCCGAAAUCCAGCAAAGCUCGACUUGUUGACUACAGACAUCAGGAAAGCGUUUGCUAGCUUUGAAGAUAUCAAGCUGUUGAAAUUAAGGGACUUACGCUAUUUGAAUGCAGUUAUUCAGGAGGGAUUCCGUCUUUGCAACCCCACUCCUGUUGGCCUCCCUAGAAUAGUGCCGUCCAAUGGCGUUCGUAUAGCAGGGCAAUACAUCCCGGGAAAUACUUUCGUCAAUGUACACCCUCUUGCUAUAUCUUUAUCUGGGAAGCUUUUCGCUAAGCCGGAUGAGUUUAUUCCCGAGAGAUGGCUUGAUUCUGCGCUGAAAGAUGAACUUUCCCCUUUCCACGAUGAUCACCGCGGGGCGGUUCAAGUUUUUAGCGUCGGUCCACGAUCUUGUCCAGGAAAACACCUUGCACUAGCGGAGAUUCGGCUUAUGCUUUCGAAACUGAUCUGGAAAUUCGACCUUGCGGUUGCGGACACGCCACGUGGAAAGUUGCAUUGGAACGAACAAAGAGUAUUCAGUGUUGUUGAGAGGCAGCCAUUCGAGAUUCUGAUCAAGACUAGAGAGAUUUGA